GUCCCAAACUCAUGCAAGACGUGUGAAUACCAUUAAAUGUGAAAUUCAAUUCCCGAUGACUUCCAAGGGGAAAAUGUCAUAUUCCGAAGAGAAAUCAACAAUAUAAAGAAUUAGGAUUGAAUAAGAGAGCAGAGUGGAGCUCAAAGCUCGGGGUCACCAGUUGAUCCACCAAUGGGGAGCGGUGAUCGCGAGAAAAAGAUAUCACGAGUCAGAUUAACAAGUCUGAUAAUAGAAAGCUUCACGGAAAAAUAAUGGCUGCCCCCUCGUCUUCCCGGACAAUAGUAAUUGGUGUGGAUGAUAGCUGUUUCUCGGAAUAUGCCUUUAACUUUUAUCUGAACCACGUGAGACGGGCUGGUGAUAAUAUAGUGUUAGUCCAUGUCCCAGAAUUCCAUGGGGUGAUCCAAGCACCCGCUGUCUUGACAGAUCCUGGAGUUGUACACGAGCUUCUAAAAGAAGAGGAAAUUCGAACGCGGCAGCUGGUUCACAAAUAUUCGGAGAAGAUGAAACAGUUUGGUCUUGGAGGGAAAAUGAAGCAAAUGACAGGAAAAGUUGGUGAAUCUAUCAUUGAAGCGUCAAAAACAGAAAAAGCUGACUUCAUAAUAGUGGGGACAAGGGGCAUGAGCAAGGUUCGGCGGACCUUUCUGGGGAGUGUCAGCGACUACUGCGUUCAUCAUGCACACAUGCCUGUCCUUGUCUGUCGACAUAAGGAGUUCGAUGCCCAACAUGACCACGUGCACCGUGGGUCAUCAUCAUAAUCCAUGACGUAAUCAACGGCUCUAGCUUACAGCAGUUAAUUUCUUCAACAGCGAUUCUUAGACGAAUAUAAUUGUUCCAUUAACAUUACAUGACCAUUACAAAAGUUAUUAAAGUUGUAUCGUAAAUAAUAAUAAAAA